CGUCGAGCCGCAGCCGCGGGUCCGAGAUCUGCAUGAGCUCCGGCAGCGCCGGGGAACUGUAGCCCAGCACGAAGCCGAAGCUCAUCGGCCCCAGGACGGACGCAAAGGUGGCCAGGUACAAGUUCCUGUUCUGCACUUUGCUGCAGACACACACAGACACACACAGACACACACAGACACACACUUCAUUCAGAGAGAACUUCACAAAGAUUCGGAUUCACAACAAAUCACACAGGUCGAAUAAAAAGCACGUUGAUCACAUAAGAGAAAUAGUAGCAUCUUUGAGUCUUUGUGUCCUUGUGUCUCUGUCUCUUUGAGUCCUGUGAACUGACCUCAGGUAAGCGUCCUGCUCUGACAUGAGUCUCUGUAUCUUUGUCUCUAUGUAUCUUAGUCUCUCUGUGUCUCUGAGUCGUGUGAACUGACCUCAGGUAACCGUCCUGCUCAGACAUGAGUCUUUGUCUCUGUGUAUCUCAGUCUCUGUGUGUCUCUGAGUCCUGUGAACUGACCUCAGGUAAGCGUCCUGCUCGGACAUGAGUCUUUGUCUCUGUGUCUCUUUGAGUCGUGUGAACUGACCUCAGGUAAGCGUCCUUCUCAGACAUGAGUCUCUGUAUCGUUGUCUCUAUGUAUCUUAGUCUCUGUGUGUCUCUGAGUCUCUGAGUCGUGUGAACUGACCUCAGGUACACGUCCUGCUCAGACAUGACUCUUUGUCUCUCUGUAUCUUAGUCUGUCUGUGUCUUUGAGUCUCUGAGUCGUAUGAACUGACCUCAGGUAAGCUUCCUGCUCAGACACGACUCUUUGUCUCUAUGUAUCUCAGUCUCUGUGUGUCUUUGAGUCGUGUGAACUAUCCUCAGGUAAGCUUCCUGCUCAGACACGAGUCUUUGUCUCUAUGUAUCUUAGUCUCUGUGUGUCUCUGAGUCCUGUGAACUGACCUCAGGUAAGCUUCCUGCUCAGACACGAGUCUUUGUCUCUAUGUAUCUUAGUCUCUCUGUGUCUCUGAGUCCUGUGAACUGACCUCAGGUAAGCUUCCUGCUCAGACAUGAGUCUUUGUCUCUAUGUAUCUUAGUCUCUCUGGGUCUCUGAGUCGUGUGAACUGACCUCAGGUAAGCGUCCUGCUCGGAGAUGAGUCCGGCCGGGUCCUCCUCUCCUCCGCCGUCCUCCAGCAGCCUCCUCCGCUCACUGGGAGUCUCCAUGCAGAAAGCCUGACUUCACCUCCUGGGCUGUCUUCAAACCAUCAACCUCAGGUUGGACUGAGUCACAACAACAACAACAACAGCAGCAGCAGCAGCUGGAGGAAGAAGAAGAGGAAGAGGAGCAGCGGAGACUGAAGCUACACGAAGCCGUGAAUGGAGCGCGGAACUCGGCCUGACGCUGCCUGGGAGCCGGGCUGUUUCUCUGGAGCUUCACUUCCUGUUACUUCCUCACUUUGCUUUGUCAACAAGUCAGUCAGCUGAUCACCGUGUCCGGCUUCCUGGGUGGAUCUUUUCAGAAUAAGAGACUUCCGGGAGCCAUCGGAACAGAGUGACACUAACACGUCAUCGUCACGUUCUGAGAAAUCAUGGUUUCUAGUUUGUAUUAAUUUGUAGAAUAAAGGUUUUAAUUCUUUAUUGUGGUUUUAAAUGUGUAAACGAUGAUAAUCAGGUACAAAGUGGACGAACUUCCGUGUUGUUUCCUAAAACUAAAACGUCCGGAUAGAAACGACACCGGAAGUGAAGGGAGGGAACUAUCCCAGUUUUUGUUAUAAAAAUAAAAGCUUGUGGUUUCCCUGGUGACGUCCAGAUUCACCAACAUCACGCAGAAACUUUAAAAUGUCAACGAAGUGAAAAAUGAAAAGUUAAAACAGCUUGAAUCAGCGAGUUGAACGACCGGAUGGAGCCUGAAGAGAGAAACGAUGAGACGGGGAAAUAAACCGGAAGCAGCGCAGCGAGCAGAGGAGCAGGGUUCGAUUCCCUCGGUGUCUCAGAGGAGAAACAGAAUGGAGCUGACGGGGAAACUCAUCCUCCAGAGCAGAGCCUCAGAGCAUUACUCAAAUGGAGAAGAGGCCGUGAGGAAGCGACAGUACGAGAAGGCCGUGAUCUGCUUCUCUAGAGCCGCCACGCUGCAGCCGGAGCAGACUCGGCUGUUUGUGGCUCAGGCGGAAUCGUACCUGCAGCUCUGUGACUUCCAGUCAGCAGCAGCCUGCUUUCAAAAGGCCGAGCUCCUGGAACCCGGAGCUUUCAGCCGCCGCUUGGCUUUCAUCUACUAUCUCCAGGGUCAGUGUCUGUUCGACCGAGCUCUCUUCUCAGAAGCUCUGGACUCGUUCAGUCGAGCUGCUGAGCUGAAGCCCGGCUGCAGAGUCCUCGCUGCCAGACGUCUGGCCUGUCUGGCAGCUGCAGGUCGUCACGCUCACUGUCUGAAGCUGGUCAACGACUGGAUGACAUCGGACGGUCCGACCUCUGACCUCUACGUCCUCAGAGCCCGGCUGCACAGACGACUCCAGCAGACGUCCCAGUGUCAUCGGGACGUGAGGUCGGCGCUGGCGUUGACCCCGACGUGUCCGGAGGCCUCGGCUCUGCUGCUGCAGCUGCAGGAGGCCGGGGAAGGAGCCAGACUUCAGGCCGUGGAGCGGGCGCUGAGCGGGCGGCUCACUGAAGCCGUCUGCAGGAUCAACGCCGCUCUGGAGAACUGUCCACAGGACGCUCGCCUCCACCUGUUCAGAGGGAUUCUCCACCGACGCCUGAAGGACUUCACAGCCGCCAUCGAGGAUCUGGUUCAGGCUGUGGAGCUCAGCGAGGAGGAGGAGGAGGGUGGGGUCAAAGGUCAGGUGGAGGUCAGACACAGGCAGGACGGCUCUUUGGAGGCGGAGGCGGAGUUUCAGCUGGUUCUCACCUACAACGACUUUGCGGUUCAGUGUUUCAGCCGAGGUCUGUACGCUGAAGCUGCUCUGCUCCUCAACAAGGCCAUCGAGGAGGAGAAGGAGGAGGCGGGGCUGUACCUGAACCGAGGAGACUGUUUCUUUAAACAGGGGGAGUUGUGUUACGCUCUGUCCGACUACCAGCAGGCCGAGGAAAUGAUGCGACCGGACGACCCGGCUCUCCGGCUGCGCCUCGCUGUCCUCCACAACACUUUGGGCUCCCUCCACUUCCAGGAGGGGCGUUUCCAGGAGGCGGUGGACAUGUUGUCUCUGUCCGUCCACUACGACCCUUCAGCCGCUCGGUCCUAUGAGGACAGAGCCAAGGCCCUCAGGAGGCUCCGGGAGCUGGACGGGGCCCGAGAGGACCUGAUCCGCACACUGAUCCUGGAUCCCAGCAGCGAGGAGCUGCCUCCGAUGCUCAUGAGUCUGUUCCCUGGACGCUGUGUCUCUGAUGUUUUGUCGAGUCCUGCAGGUCAGCAGGUCAGAGGUCAGCUGACAGACGCCAUCCAGGCCUGCGGCGCCGUCUCUGAGCAGCGAAGACGCAGCGAGAAGCUCCGACUGACGACUCUGACCAAUGAGACGACAGCGAUUCAGUCAGGUGACUCCUCAGGAGGAGGAGAUGAGCCGAGGUCGAGGGUGAACCAACAGGAGGCGGAGUUAACUGUGAGGAGCCUCCUGCAAGGGCUCAUGGGAAAAACUUCAUCAUCAUCAUCACCAUCAUCAUCAUCAUGUUCUUAUCCACUAAAGUGAGGAAGAACCACCACAACAAAAAACAACAAACAAAAACCAAAGUUGUGUUUCUUUAAGACUUUCACUUUAUUUAAAAUAUAAAACACAUCAUGACAAAUUGUAAAGAAGAACAUUAAAAAAAAUAAAGAAAUCAUUUGAAAAAUGGAUGUGACGUUGAUAAGCAGUUCCAGCCUGAGUCCAGUAGAGGGCGGCAGAGACACAGCGGGUUGUGGGGAAGUUCCGCUGUGUUUUAUCCUCUAAGAUCAAAGGUUUGGUUCUUUAUCUUCAUAGUGUAUAAAAAUAAAAAUAAUAAAAAUUCAGGAUUAAUAAUUGA